CCUUCUAGCAGUGGCCGAGCUGCAGAGCUCCUCGCCAAAGAACGUGGAACAGUGCCAGGGUUUGUUGGCUUUGGAACAUCUCAGAGUGAUCUAGGUUAUGUUCCUGCAGUUCAAGGAGCAGAGGAAAUAGACAGCCUUGUGGAUGCUGAUUUUCGCAUGGUGUUGCGAAAACUUUCUAAAAGGGAUAUCACAACAAAAUUAAAAGCUAUGCAAGAGUUUGGAACAAUGUGCAAGGAAAGAGAAGCGGAAGUUGUUAAAGGUGUUCUUCCUUACUGGCCAAGAAUUUACUGUAAAAUCUCACUAGAUCAUGAUCGCCGUGUUCGAGAAGCAACUCAGCAAUCUUUUGAGCAACUGAUUCUUAAAGUAAAGAAACACUUAGCUCCUUACUUAAAAAGUAUCAUGGGAUACUGGCUGAUUGCUCAGUGUGACACUUACUCCCCUGCUGCUUCUGCUGCAAAAGUAGCUUUUGAGAAAGCUUUUCCUUCAAGCAAACAACCUGAAGCCUUGGCAUUCUGUAAAGAUGAAAUUCUUAAUGUACUUCAAGAUCACCUUCUGAAAGAAACAUCUGAUACACUCAGUGACCCCCAAACUGUACCAGAGGAAGAAAGGGAAGCCAAAUUUUUCCGGAUUCUGACCUGUUCCUUGUUAGCUUUAAAAAAGUUGCUUAGCAUGUUACCAAAGAAAGAGAUUCAUUCAUUGGAGGAAAAGUUAAUGUCACUUCUGUCCCAAAACAAAUUUUGGAAAUACAGCAAACACAGCAUACCACAGGUUCGCUCAGCUUUCUUUGAGCUGGCUUCUGCUUUUUGCCAGUACUUGACUGAGCUGGUAAAAGCUGAAGCACCAAGAGUUUGUCCUGCUGUUCUUCUCAGCAUUGAUGACAGUGAUGCAGUGGUGUGUCCUGCUCUUUGGGAAGCUGUACUUCAUACUGUUGCCACUAUUGAG